CUCCUAUAUAUAUAUAUUAUAUUUGCAGACCUACUACUGUAAGAAGUAUCUAAGUUUAUAAAAAUGGUUCAUGGCUUCCUCCUCGUCUUCUUAUUCUCUUUUAUUAUAUCUACAACAAAUAUUCAUGCAAGCAACCAAACUGAAUGCACCUCCCUCAUGGCCUUUGCCCUUACCCUAUCUUCCCCUCUCGUAAAUUGGAGUAGUUUUGUUGAUUGUUGCCAUUGGAAAGGCAUCACUUGUAAUCAGGAUGGUCGGGUAACCCAUUUGCUUCUACCCUCCAAUGGGCUCAAAGGAGGUAUGUCUGUUUCAUCACUAUCAAAUCUCACACAUCUCACCCACUUGAAUCUUUCCCACAAUUCACUUUAUGGUGCACUUGAAACUCAAUUCUUCUUGUCCUUGAAUCACCUCGAGAUCCUUGAUUUGAGCUAUAACCUUCUUUCUGGAGAGAUGCCGUUUUCUUUACCACCCAAAAAUAUCCAGACAAUAGAUUUGUCAAGCAAUCACUUCCAUGGUGCAAUUUCAACUUCAUUCUUCCAACAAGCUUGGAAUUUGACUAGUUUCAAUGUCAGCAACAACACAUUUUCUGGAUACAUCCCUUCAUCUAUUUAUCUCCGAUCCUCUUCUUCCAUAAGAGUAUUGGAUUUUUCCUCCAAUGAAUUUAGUGGAAACAUUUCUGGUGGGCUCGGGGGGUGUUCCAAACUGCAAAUUCUUCGUGUUGGGCACAAUAAUUUGUCAGGAUCACUUCCAGAAGAUAUCUACAACGCUACCAAACUUGAGGAACUUGCAUUACCUCUCAAUUCACUAAAUGGAGCCAUUAGUGCAAGAAUUGCCAACCUCACCCACCUCACAAUCCUUGACCUUUACUUUAAUUAUUUGAGUGGUACAAUCCCUCUCAAUUUUGGGAAGCUCUCCAAGUUGAAAUACAUGGCUCUUGAUUUCAACAGUUUAGAAGGGGCAAUGAAGAUAUUAAUUCGUUGCAAAAGUCUUCAUGUACUCCUUCUUACCAGUUCGUUUGACUCUGAGGCAAUGCCAACUGAUGAUGACAUGGUUGAUUUUCACGGAUUCCAGAAUCUUCGUAUGUUGAGUUUGGCUAACUGUAGCCUCACUGGUCAUAUACCUGGAUGGUUAUCAAAUCUAAAGAAUCUAAGCAUGUUGUUUCUGGCUUUUAAUCAAAUCACAGGGUUAAUUCCAAGUUGGUUGGGGACUCUUCCAAAACUCUUUGUUGUGGAUCUGUCACACAAUCAGAUUUCAGGUGAAUUUCAAAAACAACUUUGUAGAUUACCAAUGUUAAUGACGAAUGCAUCUCGACUAGACAAUUAUGAAUUUGAACUUCCCCUCCUUGGCCGCUCAAAGGAAAAUCCAAGUUUUUGGCCGCGUAGAUUGCCUUUUUAUCAAGGAAUGAUAAACCUAGCAGCCAAUAACAUAUGUGGUGUUAUACCUAUUGAGAUCGGCCAAUUGCAGCUUCUUCGUGAGUUGCAUCUUAACGGCAACAACUUCUUUGGCGAAAUUCCAGAUCAAAUAUCUAAACUAAAGUAUUUAGAGCUUUUGAACCUCUCCACGAAUCAUUUGUCCGGAGAACUUCCCUUGUCAAUAACAAGCCUUAAUUUCCUGAAAGAAUUUGAUGUCUCCUACAAUAAUCUGAAAGGAAAAAUACCAACAGGCACGCAGCUCCAGAGCUUUGACGCUUCUGCAUUUGAGGGGAACCUUCAACUUUGUGGCGCUCCACUUCCAAAUGAGUGCAAAGACAUUGAUGCGGAUAAUAAGAAUAACGUCGACCAAGAUGCGGAUAAUGAAUGUGAUGAGCUUCCAUGGUUUUAUAUUUUUGUAGCCCUAGGUUUCAUUGUUGGAUUUUGGGGGAGUUUGUGGUUCUUUUGUUCUUAACAAGAUAUGGAGGUACGCAUAUUUUCGAUUCCUGGAUAGGAUUGGGGACUAGAUUGUACUUUUCAUUAUGUAUUUCAAGUUUAAAUAAAACAAUUUGGAUACACAAAAUUUACCCAUUUG